AAAGUAGCUCAGCUUGAAUUACAUUUCUCCAUCACUCUCAUCCUUGUUUGGAUUUUCCCGUCAGGUUCGGUGGAUCAGUUUGUGCUUGCAGGUGUGAAGGCAACUUGCCAUCCUUUUCCGCGAACUCCUUUUCUUCUUAAUCUAAGCUAGCUGCAGGUGGUUGGAGCCCAGGGGUGAUGCUGUGUCCUCUCUCCCUUUCACACACACACACACACACCAGCCUCCUUUGCAGCCAUGGCAACCYGCGCUCCGCCGCACCUGAAGUGAUGAGGAGGGAAGGUAAAGGGCUGUUCCCGCGCUGAACUCUCAGGCGCUGGAAAGUACGAUGGAUGAGGCUGAGGACGGCGAGGAGGAGCCCAAAUUCCUGCAGCCUCCCCCAGCAGCCAGCUGGACCAGAUGCGAAGACCCCUGGAGUGAGGAUGAGGAUGAUGUUGAUGGGAGCGGCAGGGGCAUCAGGAUGAAGGGCUUUUUUACGCUCGGAGGCGGAGCCGCGUCCACUGUGCGCAAAAACUACACCAGCGAGCUCCGGCUGUUUCCGGGCGAGGGCUGCGCGCCUCUGUUGAGCCCGAGGGAUGCGGCAGCGGAGUCGGACCACCGGAGCAGAGGGGGCACAGCUUCGCAGGGACCCGGCGGAAUGAUCUGCAACAAGAACGGAGACUGCAGGAGGGACCCGACCAGCUCCGGGAGCCUGUCUUCCCUCAUCUCCAGGCAGGAGAAGCAGGCGGAUGGAGCCGCGGCUGCGGGCGGCGGGGACACCCCUGUCCGAUCGCCGGGGUCCCUGACUCAGGGGUCCGGGAGCGAAGUGAAGCCCGGCGCAGCCAUGGAGAAGAAGGACUCCAGAGUUUCCUUCUCCAACGCCCCGGCAGCCAAGGGCCAGCUGUCGGGUCCCCAGUCCAGAAACUCGGUGACUUUCAGCAAAGCGGAGGACGGCUCUCAGAUCGUCCCGGACGAUGAGGACCCCAGGGGGAACCAGACCUACAUGCAGCGGCAGUUCAGCUCCAUGCUGCAGCCGGGAGUUAACAAGUUCUCCCUGCGGAUGUUCGGCAGCCAGAAGGCGGUGGAGAAGGAGCAGGAGCGCGUCAAGUCCGCGGGGAACUGGAUCAUCCACCCGUACAGCGACUUCAGGUUCUACUGGGACUUCACCAUGCUGAUGUUCAUGGUUGGCAACCUGAUCAUCAUCCCUGUCGGCAUCACCUUCUUCAAGGAUGAAACCACCACACCCUGGAUCAUCUUCAACGUGGUCUCCGACACAUUCUUCCUCAUGGACUUGGUGCUCAACUUCAGGACGGGCAUCGUGUUCGAGGACAACACCGAGAUCAUCCUCGACCCCAAGAAAAUCAAGAGGAAGUACCUGAAGAGUUGGUUUGUGGUGGACUUUGUCUCCUCCAUACCCGUGGAUUAUAUCUUCCUCAUCGUGGAGAAAGGGAUCGACUCRGAGGUGUACAAAACGGCUCGGGCACUUCGCAUCGUUCGCUUCACCAAGAUCCUCAGUCUGCUGCGCCUUCUGAGGCUGUCCAGGCUGAUCCGGUACAUCCACCAGUGGGAGGAGUACAAACAAGUGGAGCAGUACAUGUCGUUCCACAAACUCCCCGCCGACUUCCGGCAGAAAAUCCAUGACUACUAUGAGCACCGAUACCAGGGCAAGAUGUUUGAUGAGGAGAGCAUCCUGGAAGAGCURAAUGAGCCUCUGCGCGAGGAAAUUGUCAACUUCAACUGCCGUAAGCUGGUGGCCUCCAUGCCGCUGUUUGCCAACGCUGAUCCCAACUUUGUGACAGCCAUGCUGACCAAACUCCGAUUCGAAGUCUUCCAGCCCWUAGACUACAUCAUCAGAGAGGGCACCAUCGGCAAGAAGAUGUACUUCAUUCAGCACGGGGUGGUGAGCGUCCUGACCAAAGGCAGCAUCGGCAUGAAGCUGAUGGACGGGUCCUACUUUGGAGAGAUCUGUCUGCUGACCCGCGGCAGGCGCACAGCCAGUGUGCGAGCGGACACCUACUGCCGCCUGUACUCGCUCUCUGUGGACAAUUUCAACGAGGUGUUGGAGGAGUACCCCAUGAUGAGACGGGCCUUCGAGACGGUUGCCAUCGACAGGCUGGACAGGAUAGGCAAGAAGAACUCAAUUCUGAUGCACAAAGUUCAGCACGACCUUAAUUCUGGUGUUUUCAACAAUCAUGAGAAUGAGAUGAUCCAGGAAAUUGUCAAAUACGAUCGGGAGAUGGUUCAGCAGGUGGACGCGCCGCGGCCGAGGGCCAUGUCCAUGUCAUCUGCUCUCCCCGGUGGGAUCUUUUCUCCUCCAGCUUCUUCCACUCAAGACUCUGCGAUCGCCACUCUGCAGCAGGCUGUGGCCAUGAACUUUUGUGCCCCCAUGCAGGGGAACUCAAUGGGGACGGGGAUGCUGCAAUCUCCAAGGAUGGUGAGAAGGUUCCAGGUGAUGCAGAGUGUAUCCAGCCCCGUCUCUGCCUCUCCUCUACAGUCCCAGCUCCUUGCUUCCAGUGCCUUUGUUCCAGUCUUGGCCAGCCCCCCUGUCCAGAGCCCACUGGUAGCUGGAGGACGAUCAUUCCAGUAUGGAUCCAGCGCCCUGGCUGGCCCCAUCUCAGGCUCCCAGCUCUCCCUAGURCAGCAGCACAUAGCCAGCCCCGCACAUCGGCCCAGUACACACAAGAGCACCCAUUCUUUGCAGCUGGGCAGCCUGAGCCAAGACGUCAGGGCACUGUCAGCCUCCCAGCCUUCACUGCCUCACGACGGGACACAGCCAGGUGUCCCCAGUCCACCCCAGUCSACACGAGUUUCCUCCACUUCCAUUGGACCUCCUCAGACCCCGUUAGGUCCCACGGGCGUUCGGAGCGCUAUUCCGCACAGGGUGGUUCUCUCCCACCAAAUGUCAGCCGGGGCGUUUCCUGUAGCAUCUCUGCCUGGUUCUGUACAUGGUUACACASCCGGCGCAGGACUGGCAGUCGGGGGGUUGGGUCAAGGGGACAUGGGACCACCUAAGAAGGACUCCAUAGUGAGCCUUCCUGAGACAGAACACAUCAAAGUCCGAGCCCGGCUAUCGUCAAACUUGUGAUCUUUAAYCAAACUGUGCUGGGUGAGGGACUCGGUGCAGGGACUUGUUCCUCUGCUCCUAUUUUCCCCAGUCUGACUAUCUGAAUGUAUGAARUGUGACGAGCAGGAAGACUCUGAGACCAGACCGGCUGAACCUCCACUAUGAGGUGUUUUAUCCUCACAGACGUAGUUGCACAAGUAUGUAGUGAAGUAGCUCCUUUCACAUGGUCAACAACAUAUGAUUUACUUUUCUCUCAUUUACCUCAUUUAAUGCAGACUUGGGUUCAGAGGAGACAAAAAGAUAUUCAGGGACCUGCUGCAGAAAUCUGAGAUUGGAACAUUUUUMUGUGUGUUUUAAGUUUUGUUUUCAUGAAGCUCUAGCUGCUACAAAGGAUCUUUUUUAAUCAGUCCAAUAACUAUAUGGGUAAGCACAAAAUAAAAAGGGAUGAUGUAAUUUUGA